GUAGAGAUAAGUAAAAUGCAUGGAAUGUGGGAGAAGCAACACAAGACUGAAGGGGGAACAGCGUCAUCAACUCCAUCACACAUGAGCCAGCAAGUGUUGCGGCCUCUAAGACAGUGGCCAUGGUUCCACCACCACCACCACCACCACCGCACUUGCGUCACCCUUUCCCUUCACCACCUUCUCACCCCUCCACCAAAAACCUCUCACCGUUUUUCAUUUGCCACGGUCGCUGCUUCGUCUCGUCCCAAGGUUCGAACUCCGAAGUCUCCGGUACCACCACCACCCACUGCCGAUUCCGAUCUGGAGGAGAAGAAGAGCCGAAACCAAUUGAAGCGAGAAGCCAGGCGCACUGUCAAGUGGGGCAUGGACUUAGCUUCCUUCUCCCCUCCCCAAAUCAAACGCAUCCUUAGGGUUGCUUCCUCGGACCAUCUUCUUCUCUUCGAAGCUCUUAUGUUGGUUAAGAGACUGGGACCUGAUGUCCGUGAAGGAAGACGGAGACAGUUCAGUUAUAUUGGAAAAUUGCUACGGGAAGUGGAUCCUGAGUUAAUGGAACGAUUAAUUAAAGCAACAAAAGAUUCCAAUCAGAAGGAGCUGCAAGCUUUAACUGGCUUAGGGUCUGAUGAUCCUGAACCUGAAGAUGAUGAUGACUUGGUAGAAUCUGAAUCCGAGGAGGAUGAGGAGGAAUCUAAUUGGCAUGAUAAUCAAGUAGCGAGGUGGUUUGAUGGUUUGAUCAGUAAGGACAUUGAAAUUACCAAUGAAAUUUAUUCAGUUCAGGGAGUUGAAUUUGAUCGUCAGGAGUUGCGAAAGCUUGUACGUAGAGUGCACAAUACUCAAGAAAUGAAGGCUGAUAAUGAAGAAGAGAAGAAAAAAAUAGAGACAGCAACAAAUGGGGCUAAGAAGGCUCUCAACCGUUUCCUUCGUGGCCUUUCAAAGAGGAUUCCUAAUGAAUAAUAUUUUCAUUAUUUUGAUGUGUCGUGUCUCGGCUUGAAGAAUUCACCAAAAGAGGUAUGGUAAGCCAUACAUUGUCUUGGUGGGAUACAUGCUACGGAAAAUCGUCUAUUCUUUUUACGUUGAAUGAUGAAUACUACUCUCUAUUUUUUUGUUAAGAUUAGACCAUUAAAUUAUAGUGUUGUGCUCUUAAAACGUUAGUAUUAGGUUUAUACUUGAUAUCUUGAGGUUUUAUUCAUAAAUUUUUCUCCGCAACAGCU